AUGGAAUCUUCCUCUCUCCCUCCCUCUCUCAUUCUCCAGUACAACAGCUGCCCCCAGGGUCCGGCUGGUACCCCUGGCAGGGAGGGUAACCCUGGCACCAAUGGCAUCCCUGGGACCCCUGGCAUCCCGGGGCGCGAUGGCAUCAAGGGGGAGAAAGGAGAGUGUGUGAGUGAGGUGUUUGAGGAGCCCUGGAAACCCAACUACAAGCAGUGUGCCUGGAACUCACUCAACUAUGGGAUCGACCUGGGCAAGAUAGCUGACUGUACAUUCACCAAGCUGCGUUCAGACAGUGCCCUGCGUGUGCUCUUCAGCGGCUCCCUGAGGCUGAAGUGUAAGACAGCCUGCUGCCAGCGUUGGUACUUCACCUUCAACGGAGCUGAGUGUACAGGACCUCUGCCCAUCGAGUUCAUCAUCUACCUCGACCAAGGCAGCCCUGAGCUCAACUCCACCAUCAACAUACACAGAACCUCAUCUGUUGAAGGGUUGUGUGAGGGGAUCCGGGCAGGCCUGGUGGACGUGGCUAUCUGGGUGGGGACCUGUGCUGACUACCCCAGAGGAGACGCAUCUACAGGGUGGAACUCCGUAUCCAGGGUCUUCAUAGAGGAGUUGCCCAAAUGAGGCCGUCUUUAUUAAGUGAUGGGACCAGGCCCCAUAGAGAAAGAACCCCUAACAGUCCUUCUGAAGCCUUUGACUACAUAUCAGUUUAGUUUCUGGAUGGGUUCCUAGUCUUUGACAAUGUCCUCUGGCCAAUCAGACAACUUCAGUUGUGGCUAAAGCCUACUACAGGAUCACUGAUGUUCACUUGAAUGUUUUGUACUACAGCACAUGGGUAGGGUCUAGUAUAUUGGCCACCUGAAAUUAGAUUUAUUCCUCAUUAGUCCCAUUCCUGUUUAAUAAGGCAAGAUUUUGAAUUACUGUCAAAUAAGUAAUAUGUUAUAUGAAUCAAGCAUUGUGUUACUCAUUACACUAUAACAUGUUUUCCUAUCAGAAAAUACGUUUUUUGAAAAUUGGUGAAUUCAUAAAGAAAUGCAUGGGUAGAUAUAUUUUUCAAGUGACAAGUUAACACGGCACAGCUUUAAAAUUUUAUCUGAAGCAAAAAAAGCUAACAAAUGUUUUCCUAUCAGAGAAGAACAUCAUUUGAACAUUGGUUUAUGCAUUACCAGGUAAAUUAAUAAAGAAAUGCAUGUGUUGA